AUGUAUUGGGGGGGAGUUAUGUCAGGCCAUAUGGGUCGGGGUGUCAUAGAGGAAGAGGUGUGGAGGAAGGGACCUUGGACUGCUGAAGAGGACAGGUUGCUAAAUGAGUAUGUAAGGCUGCAUGGUGAAGGUAGAUGGAACUCAGUUGCCAGGCUUGCAGGAUUGAAAAGAAAUGGGAAGAGCUGCAGAUUGAGAUGGGUGAAUUAUCUGAGACCAGACCUCAAGAGGGGUCAAAUAACACCCCAAGAAGAGAGCAUAAUUCUAGAGCUGCAUGCAAGGUGGGGAAACAGGUGGUCAACAAUUGCAAGAAGCUUGCCAGGGAGAACUGACAAUGAGAUAAAAAAUUAUUGGAGGACCCAUUUCAAGAAAAAGGCCAAAAGUCCCUCUGAUGCAGCAGAGAAGGCUAAAAAUAGACUCUUGAGGAAGCAGCAAUUUCAUCAACAGCAAAAACAACAACAGUUGCUGCAGCAGCAGGAGGCACAACAGCAACAAUUGCAAUUCAACUUUGACAUGAAGGGGAUCAUGGCCUUGCUUGAGGAUAACAGCCAUAGAGCACCUCACACAUCUCAAGCUAGACAAGAAAUGGUUAACAUGCAACAAAACACCACAGAAGAGCAGGGAUACUUGUACUCUAUGCUCAAUGGUAACACUUCUGCAACAGAGACCUUAGCAGAAGAAAUUUUGUGGGAUGGCCUGUGGAACUUAGAUGAUGUUCAUGGGAAUUUCAGUGUAGCUAGUGCUGCAAGCAAAGCUGGCCUUUACAAUUUAGUUGCUCCCUUCUGUUAA